AUGUAUGGCUGGGCGAUCCAGGCAAAGAUCCAUUGGAUUGUGCCCAUGAUUGGCACCUCACAAACGGGAUUCGGAAUGAUUUGUAUCUUCAUGGCGGCUCAAACAUAUCUGAUCGACGCUCAUCCUCAACACGCAGCCAGUGCGUCAGCGGCAAAUGCCGUCCUUCGCAGUGUUGCAGGAGCGCUCCUACCAAUGUGUGGCCUAGAUAUCUACGACGCGUUGGGAUGA